UGUCCAUGACUAAGGCGAAAUACCCAUUUGCUAUCGGAACGGCAUAAAAUUUUUCCGUCGAGAGAACAACGCCACUUUACGUGAUCUGAGGGUGCAGACCCGCCGCAGACACCCACCAUGGUCGAAGAGGAACCCAAGAUCAAGGCCAUCGAAGGAGUCACUUCACCUACGAUCAUCGGGCUAUGCUUGGGAGGAGCGGUCUUCGUCCUCUGCAUGGCGGCCUUGACGUGCUUUUGCUACCGCCAGAGGAGGAACCACAACGCAAAGAGGCACGGACCGGAUCAGCCCUUGGCCUUCCACACCCAUCGGAGGCCCACAGCUGUGAAGAGCCCGGCUGGAACCACGACGCACUACUUGAAGAAGAGUCCGAGUCCGACGGGACCGUCGAAGACGCCACCGGGAAUGUCGGCUCCGCACACUCCUAGUCCAACAGGUAGUUCUUCGGGGAGCAUGGCGGGGCCGUUGGAGAGCGGGGUGUCGAAUGGGAGCGACAAGGUGGAGCAGAGCACCACGAUGAAGGACGUCUACACCACGGAGAACGAAGUGCACACGCCCACGAAGGAGGAGAUGGAGACCAACGAGAAGAAUCUACAGCAGAGUGCGUCGUAUUUGGGGCAGCUGGUUUUCAAACUAAGGUACAAGCACGACAAGAACGCCCUCAUCGUCUCGGUGGUCCGCUGCAGAGACCUCCCGGCCAAGGACCCCAACCUGGGUUCCAGCGACCCCUACGUCAAGCUGCAGCUCCUCCCAGACAAGCAACACAAAGUCAAAACUCGCGUCUUGAGAAAAACUCGCAAUCCCGUCUACGACGAAGACUUCACCUUCUACGGAAUCAACUUCAACCAGUUACCCAACAUCACCCUCCACUUCGUGGUGCUCAGUUUCGACCGCUACAGCCGCGACGACAUCAUCGGUGAAGUCUUCUGCGCCCUCAACUCCGUCGAUGUUACUCAGAUCGAGAACCAGCAGAUGGCUCUAUGUAGGGAGAUCCAGCCCAGGAGUCUUAAGAUUCGUUCCCAAGGUCGCGGUGAACUCCUGGUGUCUUUGUGUUGGCAGCCGGCGGCUAACAGACUCACGGUGGUGGUACUCAAGGCCCGAAACCUCCCCAAGAUGGACGUGACCGGGUUGGCGGAUCCCUACGUGAAAAUCUACCUUCUGUAUAACGGCCAGCGGAUCGCUAAGAAGAAGACCCACGUUAAAAAGCGGACACUGAGUCCAGUUUUUAACGAGAGCUUCGUGUUUGAUAUUCCCGCAGGAGGUGAAGGCCUUGAUAACGUCAGUUUGGAAUUUUUGCUCCUGGAUUGGGAUCGAGUGACCAAAAAUGAGGUGAUUGGGCGGCUCGAGAUGGGCGGCGCUAAGUGCACCGGGACGGCGCUCCACCAUUGGAAGGAAGUGUGCAACUCGGCCCGUAGACAGAUAGCCGAUUGGCACAAGCUUAGAGAAUAAGGAGGAGCCGACUGACUGAAAACUGAGGGGUUUAGUUGUAACUAUAGCGUACGGCUGGUCCGAAAGUCACGCUCUUCACAGCAGUACGAUCGCUAAGCUUCUGGACCAGCCGCUAUAAAUAUAUUUGUGUACUCGUAAGCAUUCACCGCAAAAUCUGUUAGUAUGCUUUGAUGAUUUUCCGCGUUAGGUUUUGUGUAAAUAUGGAUUAAUGUUUCAAUUAGGCUUCGAGAACUGGUGGACCCAAAUUACCUAUUAUAGUUGAGUUAGCGGUUUAAAGAGGAGCAAGGCAAAGGGCAGGGUCGCGCUUAACAAGACUAAAUUUCGAGAUUAGCUUUGUUAAAAAAAGGGUUUGUGAUAUAGAUUUAAGCUGACUUAUACAAAGUACCAAGAAAUGUAAUCUAAAUGUAUUAUACUUGAUUAUGCACUUUAGGGCAAGUUGCACGCUACUUGCAUUCUAGAAUGUCCAGUUCCUAAUUUUCGGUUCUAGAACCCUGAGGGGGACGUUUGGGCAUUCCGUGGUGACGAAACGCGGUUUGGAUUGGUUCAAAUUUUCUCAUACAGGUUACGAUUAUGGAAGAUUUGACAUACAUUGAAAAGCUACUCGUAGCGGAUUGUCACUGUUUUACGGAACGACCUCUGAUAUUGUUUGAAGAUAUUGUUUGUGUUGGAGAUAAUACAUUUGCCGAUUUUAACCCUUUACUCCUAAAAUAGCGGUAGAAUUGAUGUUUCUUCUAGAAUUUACAACGAAUAAACGCACAUUCUCAGUCAAAUAUAAUACUCUUUAAGAAAAUCCGCAAAUGUAUUUGGCGCACCUUACAGCGUAGAUCUAGUCUAACAAUAAGAAUAAUACUAAUAUGUAAAUUUCUGCAUAAUGUACUUAUGUAGGGUACUAGUCACGUAGGUUUAGUACUAAACUAAUUUGCAAUCUUUAUCUGUAUGCUAGUACACGAUCUGUUGUUAUUGUUGCUUUUUAACAGCAGUUAACGAUUUCUCGUUUUCGAGGUGCAUCUUUCUCUAUAAGCAGUGCACAUCUGUAUAUAUGGAUCACCUACUUUUUAUUCCAUUGAUUUAAGUGUUUUCUUUCGGAAUUUGCAAAUUUUGCUUUCGACUGUCUACAUUUUGAAAAUCUUGUUUUUUGAAAUUUAUGAAUGUAUAUAAUUAUUAAAUAAA